UUAUAUUGCAGUUUGUAUAGAUUCAUGUAAUUAAGUUAAUUAACCACUCUACAGCAGAUCUGUUCCUUUUUUGAUGUAUACAGAGUGGACAACAAAUGUCAACAAUUGAAUGGUCUCGUUACAAACUAGACUAACUUUGUCAAGUGCAACAGUACAAAUUCCCCCAAACUAUUUAAAAGAAAUACAUAAAACAGCUGCGUGCACCCAAGAAUAAAAUAAAAUGUAACACAUUAACCACAGAGGAUUCCUUACUGCGGGAGCGGGAGAGCUAUCAAGUAAAUGUCACCACUUUGGGCCAGACUACGCCACCUGGUGGAGGAGCUAUGGGCACCAGGUCCCGGAAAAAUGCGAGGGAAGAAUAUUUUUCAAAAACUCAGGUACUGCACACACUGUUUGAUUGUUCUCAACAAUUACUAUUAACCUUUUGUUUCUUUUUCAGGUUUGUUGAUCUUGGUCCACACCAUAGCUUUGAACAGCAGACAGCAGAGAUUAAGCAGGUGGUUACAAAGGCCACAAAGCUGUUCAAAUCAUGCUGUGUUUUAAUGAAGGACUUCUUGGCUGGGAUACUCUGAACACAUGAAACAGGAAUGGAAAACACGUCUUACACUGAAACUUUCACACUCACUGGGUUUGGGGACAUGGGUAAAACUAAAUAUGUAUAUUUUCUAUUUGCCCUUAUUGGGUACCUCUUGAUAAUCUUUGUAAACUUAGUUGUUCUGUUAGUAAUAUUUCUGGAAAGAAGUCUUCAUGAGCCUAUGUAUAUCUUUCUCUGUAGUUUAUCUGUUAACGCCCUUUAUGGAAGUGCUGGUUUCUAUCCUAAACUUUUGGCUGAUCUUCUAUCAGAGACCCAAGUGAUUCCUCGUGCUGGAUGUUUCAUUCAGAUAUUUGUUAUCUAUGGUUAUGCAAUUGCUGAAUUUUCAAUAUUAACAGUGAUGGCAUAUGACAGAUAUGUGGCCAUUUGUAAACCAUUACACUAUAACAAUAUCAUGACAGAUAGAGUUGUUUGUAAAUUACUGGCUGGUGCCUGGCUAUUUCCAUUCUGUAACAUGCUCCUUGUUAUUUUGUUUUCUUCAAGACUGCCUUUGUGUGGAAACCAAAUUGAAAGACUAUAUUGUUCCAACUGGUCAGUUGUUAAGCUAUCUUGUGUACCAACUACUCUAAACAAUGUUGUUGGUUUUUUAAUUACUACCUGUACGGUGUUGCCACCUCUGUUUUUUAUAGUGUUUUCCUAUGUAAAAAUACUUAUUGUUUGUCAGAAAAGCUCCAAGGAAUUCAGAAGCAAAGCACUACAGACAUGUCUCCCGCAUUUAACAACAUUUAUCAACUAUUCAAUAACGAGUUUUUGUGAAAUAGCUCUUAGUCGAUUAGGCUCAAAGGAUAUGCCCCAAAUUGUCACUGCCAUCCUGUCACUGGAGUUUCUAAUCAUUCCUCCCCUUCUUAAUCCUCUCUUGUAUGGUUUUCAAUUGCCUGACGUACGAAAAAGGAUGAUAAAUAUACUCCGAAGAAAGCAAAUUAUACCAAUAUUAGACAGCUCACACGCUGCAAAAUACUAACUAUUAUGUAUUAUGUACGUGCUUGUUAAGAUUAUGUUUGUGUACUUUUAUACUAAAUCACAAAAGUCUUUCAGUUUGUGCAUAUGUGCUACUGUAAAUAAUAGUAUUUUCAUUUUUCAUUGAAAAAAACUCACAAGUGUAUAAUUUAUUUAAAGGUGUAUUUGUG